AUGGCUUCAAUAACAUACAGUAAUGCCAAAAAGUACCGUUAUCUGGGCCAGGAUGAGGAGGAGCCUGAGCAGUGCCAGGGGGAGACCCUGAGACAGAAAAUCUUGAAGGAUCUUUUACAGAAGCAAUUGUCCAAGCACAUUUCUCUAGAACACCAGCUGCACAACCAAAAGAAGUUUGUCAGGUCAGUAUGUGAGGAAUCUGUCACAGCAAACACCAGUGGCCUUGCAUCUUUUCAAGAUUUCAAGAGUGUGGAGUCACUUCUAAAUGUAAAGCAGACAUUAAAAUCAUGUGGUCUCACAGAGUCUGAAAUCCAACUACUACUUGGUGAAGAGACCCAGAGCUCCCACCUUGAGGCUCCUCAUGCUAGGAGGCAGCGGCUGGAGGCCAUUGAAGAUAAAAUAGUGCAUCACAGAAGUUAUCUAGAGACUUCCCUCCAGGCACACAAUCAGACCUCUAGUAAUGCUUUGUUGGAAGAGACCCAAGGAGUGCCUGUUUCUGGUGAGGCUCCACAGCCAAACCCACACCAAGACUUCCUCCCAGAGGGCCACCCCAUGAAUCACUUACAAGAGAUAGCAGAGAAGCUAUUCCCUCCAGAGAAGUCAGAGCAGAUCCAUGGUGAGGAACACACUGGGAAAAAGAGACAACAGGAUGAAGCAUUGGGUUCAGCUAAACCCAAGAAGAAUAGAAAUGAAAAUCCAUCCUGUAUUUAUUUGACUGAAAAACCAAAGUCCUAUUGGGAUAUGCAACAAAUACCAAAGGUAAUCAAAGGUAGUGCCAAUCAUCUGGGUGCUCCCCUUCCCCAGUCACCAGGGAAGUGUAUCAUGGGCAGCAGCAAUGACAAGAACAAGAUAUUACUUCAUGUAACCAAAACUGGUACCAGUGCAAAGGUAGAUCUGACUAAACCUUUCAUCAUGAGUCUUGACCCAGAAGAUCUUAUUCCAUUGGCAACAAUAAAAGCAAACAAAAAAAGUAUCCAAGAAUUAAGAGACAUGGAAAAAUUCAGAAAUUAUAAUGAAGGAACACCAUCAUCCACUCUGUUCAUAAAAAACCUCUCUCCAAGUGUUUCUCCAAAGGACUUGGCUUCUCUGAUGGGCCACUUUGAGUCCACUCAUGGCCAAAAAAUCCUGUACAGAAUCUUGGGAGGCCGUAUGAAGGGCCAAGCAUUUGUCACCUUCCCUGAUGAGGAGGCAGCUUCUAAUGCCCUCAGGCUGUGCACUGGCUACAUGCUGCAUGGUAAACCAGUGGUGGCAGUGUUUGGCAAGAAGUCAUAGUUGAGGCUGUGUUUACCUCACAAUGGAAGCAAAGUUAUUAAGUGUAUUUUUUACCUUUUAUGAUUUUUUGCUUUAAGCAAAAAAAAAAAUGGUAAGAUUUUGUAGUGAGGUUAUAUGAUGAAGGGAAGGGGUAAGCAAGUUAUAUUUGUUACAACUUUAAAUGACUAUUUUUAUUUCUCAUUUUGUAAGAAAGGUUCCACAUUUAGGUGGGGCAUCCUGAGUCACAGCAGUCACUAUAAAAGCUACAUGGUGAAGCAUAACCAGUUUGUCAGUUCUUUUGCUUUCCAGAUACUUUUUAAUCACAUUCUAUUCUUGAUCUAUCUAGUGGCACUUCUGAAUGUCUGACAUUCUCAUCCUCUCUGCAUUUGAUCAAUGCAUUUAUUACAUUAUUAUUAUGCUGAUGAUCCCAAUCUUAGAGUCUGCUUACUUUGUUGAUCUGUCUCACAACAGCAUUACACCUUCAAUUCACCUUGUUCUCAGUACAGUAGGUUGACUUUUGUCAUUUUAUAUUAGCUUUUGCCAUCAGACUGGUAUCUGCUCUACUCACUGCACUUAUUAUAUGACCCAGGGAAUUAAUUUUAUUUGUGUACUGCAGGGACACAUUCCAUUAUCACUGUUUUCUGCUCUUCUUUCUUCAGUGGCCAGUUUUUUUUCAAUUUCUAGGGUGACAUUAAACAAAAUGCUGAUGAUGAUGCUGUUCAAGUUAUUAUUUAUUCAUUGUAAUACUUAUUCCUUAAGAAUGGAUGUACAAGAUUUCUAUUAAAAGUACAACAAUUUUUA